UUUCCUCUAACACGCAACGUACCCUGCACUCUGCACAUUAUAGCCUUCUCUCGUCACCGUUACAUGGUUGAACGAAUUCAAAGAUGAAGUCAGGGAAGUUGGGAAUUUUGGUUCUGCUCGUCUUGUUCAGCUCUUCUACUUGUUCCGCUUGGUUUGGUAGUAAACACAAAAGUUCAAGUGGAAGGAGCUCCUUUCGUCCAGAUGAAGCAUCGUCAUCGUCAUCGUCGUCGUCGUCGUCGUCGUCACCAUACAUACUAAACCGUUUUCGUGCUGGCUCAUCGGUCGUGUUCCCGGUUCACGGCAAUGUUUACCCAGUUGGGUUUUAUAAUGUUACUCUCAACAUCGGCCAACCACCCAGGCCAUAUUUUCUAGAUAUUGACACGGGUAGCGAUCUCACCUGGCUUCAAUGUGAUGCCCCUUGUUCCCGUUGCUCUCAGACACCACAUCCACUAUACAGACCCAGCAAUGACUUAGUGCCCUGCAGGCAUGCCCUCUGUGCAUCCUUGCACCUCAGUGAUAACUACGACUGUGAAGUCCCACAUCAAUGUGACUACGAAGUUCAGUAUGCAGAUCAUUACUCAUCCCUUGGUGUACUUCUCCAUGAUGUCUACACUCUCAACUUUACAAAUGGAGUCCAACUCAAAGUUCGUAUGGCACUUGGGUGUGGAUAUGAUCAGAUUUUUCCAGAUCCUUCUCACCACCCAUUAGAUGGAAUGCUUGGCCUUGGCAGGGGAAAAACCAGCUUGACAUCACAGCUGAAUAGUCAGGGUUUGGUAAGAAAUGUGAUUGGGCACUGUUUGAGUGCACAAGGAGGAGGGUAUAUCUUCUUUGGAGAUGUGUAUGAUUCUUUUAGACUAACUUGGACUCCAAUGUCAUCCAGAGAUUACAAACAUUACUCAGUCGCAGGGGCAGCUGAACUCCUUUUUGGAGGGAAGAAAAGUGGGGUUGGAAAUCUUCAUGCUGUUUUUGACACUGGGAGUUCUUACACCUAUUUUAACUCUUAUGCUUACCAAGUACUAAUUUCUUGGUUGAAGAAGGAAUCAGGUGGAAAGCCCCUAAAAGAAGCACAUGAUGAUCAAACUCUCCCUCUUUGUUGGCGUGGUAGAAGACCUUUCAGAAGCAUAUACGAAGUGAGAAAAUACUUCAAGCCAAUUGUGCUUAGUUUCACCAGCAACGGGAGAAGUAAAGCUCAAUUUGAAAUGCUUCCUGAAGCAUAUCUGAUAGUAUCAAACAUGGGAAAUGUUUGCUUGGGCAUUCUAAACGGCUCUGAAGUAGGGAUGGGGGAUCUGAACCUAAUCGGAGACAUAUCCAUGCUAAACAAAGUGAUGGUAUUUGACAACGACAAGCAGUUGAUUGGUUGGGCACCAGCAGAUUGUGACCAGGUUCCAAAAUCCAGAGAUGUCAGCAUUUGAUCACAAAAUAUAACUCCUCCGCUCAAUUUACACCUAUAUGAUCAUCAAAUAGUAGCUAUUAGGGUGGCUGUAUAAUACGAGUGUUAAUCUGCUUGAUUAGAUAGCCAUAUGCUGUGUUUAAUAGUAGUAUAUUGGCACGUGGUAUAGAGGUCUACCCUGAUUAUUGCUGUUUAUAAUCUAUAUAUUGGACUGGUUACACUUACUAAGUAACCAGCCAUAAAAAAUCAUCAUAGUACAUUAGUUUGAUUCCACGGCUUUGAGGAUUUGAUUUGGAAUGGCAAAGCGAGGAGUCAAAAAAGAGUAAUGCAGGUUGAUGCAAAUAUUAGAUGCAUCUCUUGAUUCUAUAAUUAAUUAUAGACAAUUUUAUAAACCGGAUAGUUCCAUAAACAUUAUCAACUUAUUAUUUUAGUAAAUGGGCAAUUGAUUUGUGUUUUGAAUA